AUGGCUAUGCAAGGACAAAUGUAUUCUUCCCAGGCACAACAAGUCUAUUACCAAUAUGAUAAAGAUCGUAAUGGUGUCCUCAAGAAGAAAGAAUUCAAGAAGGCUAUGCAAGCCCUCGGUGCACACAAAGAUGAAUGUAAACAUUUAUUCAAGAUGGUUGAUGUAGACCACAACAAGGUGAUUACCAUGAAUGAAUUCUUGAAUGCCUAUCUGUUCUUACAGGCAGGUGGUAUGAAGUAUAAAGGUACUGGAUAUCAUGGAGCUUGUGGUACUGUGGGAUCAACAACUACAACCACAACAAUGAUGGGAGGUCAACCUGGCAUGAUGCCUCAACAAGGAUAUCCACAACAAUAUCCACCUCAACAAGGUUACCCUCAACAACCUUAUGGACAACCAGGUAUGGGAUAUCCUCAGCAACCAUACGGACAACCUGGAAUGAUGCCACAACAACAACAAUAUCCACCACAAGGAUAUCCACAACAAUAUCCACCUCAACAAGGAUACCCUCAACAAUAUCCACCUCAACAAGGAGGUUAUCCACCAUCAUAUCAAUAA